GCUGGAGCAAAAGAAAACCACAUCACGAGGCAUGUUGGAACAGCCCAGAGCUGCUACAUUCCAGGCUGAGCCAUCUCUGACACAGAUGGUGAAGGAACCAAGUGCAAGAAUAAAGAGUGAGACCUUCAGUUCCCCUUGUCGCUCUUUGACAGCAGGCUCAUUGGGAUCAGGUGUUCAAACCUCAACUAUCAGCAACAUGGCCGCAAAAACACCAUUGAGUGCCAGUCUUCGAGAACGGCUGAAGAAAUCACGGCGUCCUUUUAACUUUCCAUUUGUUGUGUCAAAGCGGUUAAAAAUUGACAGCCAGAGUGAAGGUGGUGGAAAUGCAGACCCUGGCACUGAGGCUGGUGGCAGCCAGAUUCCUGAUACUUGUGCUCAGAAUGGUGUUAUCACAGAAACAGAAAGUCUUUGCAAUAAGACGAUGGAUAAGCAGCCAGAUACAAGUGCAGUGGGUAGGGAGGAAGCUUGUCUGAGAGUCCAGCAUGUAGCUGAACAGAAUGUCCAGACUUCUGCUAAGUCCCCUAAUCCGAUCCCUGAAAAGCAGCAACUUCUUGAGGAGAAAGAACAAUUACAGAGAGAAGUGAGAGAGAAAGAGGAACUUCUCCGUCGUUUGAAAAUGGUUCAGAUGUACAGAACAAAGAAUAACCUGGCAGAACUAGGAUCUCUGAUACAGAAAUGGAGGAAGAGCAGCCAGACCUUGUUGUAUGAACUUCAAAUUGCCCUUUGCAGUGAUUCAAAACCAACUUUAACCCAGCUGAUAGACAGUCUGGCAAUUGAGGAUAGACUCCUGCAUUAUAGCAGACUUGAGGAAGAUUUCAAAGAUGGAUGAGAUGAUCAUUCUAUUGCUGAAAAUCAGCAACCUUAUUCACAAGGCAUUAGCCAGCACUUUGCAGUAAGUUUUUGAGAAGACAUUGUUUUGUUGUAAAGACUUUGCUCUGCUGGAUUACACGGUGCCUUUAAAUUCCUGAAGUUGUUGUUUACUCUGUUUCCCUUAAUGAGGAAGGAUACAACACCAUGGGCUUAUCCAUUCCGUCUCCAGCAAUCAUUAAUGCUGCUGUAAUUUGUCAUUAAACAGUGAAGAUGGUGGAG